AUGGUCCUCGGACGUACUACUCAGCUUCCCGCCGCAUUGAGGGAAGAGCUAGGCCUCCCAGCUUCCUCAAAGAGGCGCGGCAGAGGAGGUUCUUUCUUUCAAAGAGACCGCGGCAGGACUUUCGAGGGACAUCAGAGAGCUACACAAAGCGCUGAAAGGUCGGACGGGCGACACAAGAAGCAGGAUGGUCCCAAAGUCAUCAGCAGACAAACUCGGCGCGAAAAGGGUCAAGGUGGACCGAGGCAAGGCCAAGUAGACCAGUCAAAUCGAGCAGAUUCGAAAGGCAAAGCACCAGAGAAGGCAUCUUCUGAUGAUCGAAAGCGACCACGGCGUUGGAGCGAGGAAGCAGCGAGGGUCAGCAUUUCCACUCAGCAGAAAGGCGUCUCACCAGAUAGGUCGACUGCCCUCGAACGACUGCUGAGUAAGGGCGAUGCUGCGUCAAGAAGUGGCAAAGGAUUCUCGGAAGAGGCGGGAGAUCCGCAUCGAGGCAAAAGGCGCAAGAUGACUCAGCAAGAGCGUGAUGAGGAGGAUGAGAUCGCUUGGCUGGAAGCGCACCUGGAUGGCGGAAGAAAGAAGAAAACAACUUCGAAAGGGGACACUAAGAGAGACGACGAGGAGAGCAUCGGCGGAGGGGAUGACGGCCUCGAUGGUAAGUCUCGAUGAUAUCCGCUGUGAAUGGAGAAGGUGCGAAGCUCAUGUGCGCGAUGUUUUGGUGCUGGCCAGAUCUGCUUGGGGAGCUCGAUCGAUUCUACCCUGGCAUGUAUGCCGAUGGCUCGGAUGCUGGCGAACGGGACACGGAAGACGAGAUCAACAGCCAUAACGAGCUGGAAUCCAUCGCCGAGAGCGGCGACGGUGAUUACGAUGAUGACGGGGAGGCCGCGUUCGAGGGAUUCAGUGAGGCUGCAUCCUCAGGCACCGACUCGAGCGCUUCUGUCUCUUCGUCGCCGCCGCCGCCGCCACCACCACCUACUUUGCCUUCCACAGGCAAGUACCUGCCACCUGCGGCCCGUGCAGCGGCAGCUGCUGCGGUUAGCAAAACUUCCAGCAGCUCCUCAGAGACGGAUCAAAGGCUGCGAAGACAGGCAAAUGGGCUGCUGAACAGACUCGCAGAAGGCAACCUAGCGGGCAUCGUUGGGGACAUCGAAGGCUUGUAUCGCUCGCACCCUCGAGCUUCUGUCAACAACACCCUGAGCGACCUCAUCAUCGCCAAUGUCAGUAGCCCCUCAGAUCUGAUAGAUACCUUCCUAAUUCUUCAAGCUGCUCUAGUCGUCGCACUUCAUCGCAUCAUCGGCGUCGAAUUCGCAGCUCAAGUUCUCCAAGGAGCAGUCGAUCGACUUUUGCAAGCAAGGAAGGAGGCGCUCGAAAGGGAGUCUCAAGGCGAGCUUCCGAGCAAGGAGGCGGCAAACAUAGUCGGCUUGCUGGCUGGAAUGUACAAUCUCGGAUCGUUGGCUCACCCGCUCAUGUACGACUUUAUGCGUCUCUUUCUGAGCGACGCAGAAGCGAUGGGAGAGCGCAGACUCGGCGAAGCGGAUGUGGAAUUGCUGCUGAGACUCGUCAAGUCAUGCGGCGCAGCGCUCAGGCACGACGAUCCGACGGCGCUCAGAGCCAUCGUGCAUCUUGCACAGGAGAAAGCUGCUGCGAUAGGUGAGGGCACAGUCGUGAGUGGCCCGCAGCAUGGUUCGGCGGGCCAGAGUGAGACGAUUAGCACUACGCGCAUUCGCUUCAUGCUGGAGGCGCUGUCGGACUUGAAGAAUAAUCGCACCAAAGCUGCUGCGGCGCUGGAGUCCUCGCCAGCGGGGCAGUCGCUCAACAGGCUGCGCAAAUUCAUCUCUAGCUUAGCAAAGACUCGAACGCUGCGUUCCCGUGAUGCCCUCCGCAUCGGCCUGCAAGAUCUCAAGGAUGCAGAGAGUCGCGGCAAAUGGUGGCUCGUGGGAGCAGCUUGGGCGGGUCAGGAAGGCAAUGCAUCUGCCGAGGGCGUGACUGCCAGCAGACGACUGAGGGAAGAUGCGCCGAACAAGGACUCGCAAGAAUCCAAAUUGCUGAUACUAGCUAGAGCGCAGGGGAUGAACACGGAAGCUAGACGAAACAUCUUUGUCACCAUCAUGAGCGGCGAGGAUUACGCCGAUGCCUCCAAUCGUCUGCUUAGUCUGAAGCUCGUCGAGGCUCAACGCCGAGAGAUCAUCAGGGUCUUGUUGCAUUGUAUUGGCGCGGUGAGUCAUAAACGUAGCAUAUUCCAAGGGCCGGAAGUUGAUUUUGCCAUUGCUUCGAUCGGCAACUCUGCAGGAGCCGCAUUACAACCCGUACUAUGUCCUCAUAGGUGUACAGCUCGCUACCGACUCUCCGGGUACACGAGUCACCAUGCAGUACUGCUUAUGGGACUUCCUACGAAGUCUGGGCGAGAAGCACGUAGGCGGCAAGACCAUCGUGGAUCGCGAUGCUUCCGAGUCUGAGGACGAGGAUGACGAUGUCUCGUCCAAUGCAAUGCGCGCAAGGAAGAUGGCUCAUCUGGCGCGCGCGUAUGGAUGGUGGAUCGCUAAGGGAGCUCUCGGCCUCAAUGUGCUCAAGGUGAGCUUGCCACGGCUUCUUACGCGCCACGUGCAACGUGCAGCCCUCUCACGCUUGACCGUUUCAUCGGAUUCGCCCUACGCAGACGGUCAGCUUUGCGACUCUCAAACCUCGCGGAGCGCGAUUCCUUCAGCUUUUGCUCGCACACGUCCUGCUCUCCACCCAAGUCUCGUCGCCUUUACAAACGCUGCGCAUCAAGUCCGCUCCAUCUUUGAGCAAGACGAAAUCUUUGGGCGCGGGAGAUGGACAGGCUCUGGAGGAGGUCUUGGUGUCUGGAACUGUGGGUAAUCAAGAUCUAAGCAAGGGACUGCUCUACUUUAUCGAUGCGCACGUCGCGAAGAAGAACGAGAUCGCGCAGCUGGUUGGACGGGGCGAGGAGGUGGAGGGGACACGCACAAGACUUUUUUGGGCUGCUUCCACGGCCAAAGAAGUGUUGAGCGUUGGCGCGACAAUCAGACCAUUCUGA